AUGCCUCGUGCAGGUGGUGCUUCGGACAACGGACCCUUUGAGACGGGGGAGCAUCUUACGCAUGGUAGCAGUGGAGAUCCCACCAUCCAGCGCGCCCAAAAGACGGCGCCAAUGCCCGAACACGAGAAAGGCGGUGCUCUCGAGGGCAUGAAUGCCAGCGGCGGCGGCGGGAGCGUGGGUACGGGGAGCGGCAAGGGAGCUCCGCCCGAGAAGAUGAACAAGGGACGCACUUGA